AGCUUUUAACAACGUCAGUUGGAAAUCAUUCGUAAGCGACAACGUUUGAGUCGAUAAUUUAAGUGUCAUAGUGUGAAAAAAAAGAGUUUAUUUAAUUAAUUAAUUAUUUAAAUUUAAUUUUUUUUAUAUACAAAAUGAAGUUUUUCAUUUUAUCCUUUACAUUUAUUGCACUAUGGAUAACGGCUUAUGGUGCUUCAAUGAUGUCGCCAAAUACUGCUUUCCAACCGGCAAUGGUCUUUCAAAAUGAAUGCAUUGCCAAAAUUCAAAAUAAUACAGAAAUUGUAGAGGGUUCUGUAAAUAUUAAAUAUUCAUUUUUAACAAUUUUUAUAAGAGUCACUCAGAAAAUAAGGGAACAAGGUUCAUUAAAAAAUUUGGAUUCAAUUCUCGAAAAAACAUGUUUACCACAAACAGAUGAGGAUAUGUUGUACGAUGUGGUAAUGAAUAUUAUUAAAUCGUGUGUUGAACAAGAAUUUUCCUUUACGCCUGAGGAGACAAUACUGAUCAAAGAAAAAUUGGAGAAAAUAUUUUGUAAUGUGUAUAUAAAGCUUGCAAUGAUUCUUUCAUUUUCUCCGGAAUGUGUUAGUGAUCCAGGAACAGUGACUGAACUUCAAAAAUGCUCUCAAGGACAAACAAUGAAUUUAAAUACUCCAGUUCGUGAUUGGUUUUUCGGCAAUUCAGAAAUUUGCACGACACAAUUAAAGGCAAUUGAAUGUUUAAAUGAAGCAAUUAAAGAAAAAUGCAAUCCAAAUGUUUCAAAACAAAUUCAAUCCGUAAUGACUGGCGCUCGAAGUAUCAUUGGCUGUAAUCCCGAACCAAAUUCAAUUUCCGUUAUCGAUGCAUCGUAAAGAAUUAAACAAAAUUUUCAAAAUUUUAGUUGGGUUUUUUUUUCACGCAAUCUCAGAAUUCAAAAACAAAUUUUCAUGUUUUUUUUUCAUUGUGGAAAUUUAAAAAAAAAUUAAUAUUUAGAUAUUUAUUAAGAAUGAAAAUAAAGUGUCUAAAUUCUAAAUGAUUUUUCUUAAAAAUUGUAUAUUUUUAAUUAAUUUUAUCUUAAACAGUAAUUAUUUUUUCGAUACGUACUUGAAAAAUAUUUCUUUCAAACUUUUUAUGUAAUAGAUUAUAUAAAAUGUUAUAUUUGUAAAAUUUUCUUAUUUGCAAAAUAAAUCGAACUUUUUUACAAUUCAA